CCACUAAAAGCGGGCGGCAGUUGCACAUGCGCACUGGCGCGCUCGGGCCGCGGCUGCUGCUUGGCGGGCGCCGCGCGGAAGCCGGUGUGGGUUGGUGACUGGAGGGCCCACCAUGUCGGAGGCGUAUUUCCCGGUGGGGCCCGGAUUGGGCCCCGAGGAGAACUUCUUGUCUCUGGACGACAUCCUCAUGUCCCAGGAGAAGCUGCCGAGCCGCGCCGAGGCCGCACUGCCCCGAUUGGCCGCCGUGCUGGGCAAGGGCGCGGGCGCCGGCCAGGGCGACUGCCUCCCUGAGGGCUCCAAGCUGGAAAUCCCCCUGUGGCUGGCGAAAGGGCUAUAUGACCACAAGCGGAGGAUACUUUCUGUGGAGUUGCCAAAGACCUACAAGGAAGGCUGGAGGACAGUGUUCAGUGCAGAUGCCAAUGUGGUCGACCUGCAUAAAAUGGGGCCGUACUACUAUGGAUUUGGCUUCCAGCUCUUGAAUUUUGACAAUCCAGAGAAUCCAGAGAUAGCUCAGACCAUACUGCAGACAUUUAUUAACCGUUUUCGCCGCAUCAUGGACUCCUCCCAAAAUACCUACAACGAAGACACCUCUACAUUAGUGGCACGGCUGGAUGAGCUGGAACGAGCCUUAUUUCAAGCUGGCCAGAAAGGGCUGAAUGACUUCCAGUGCUGGGAGAAGGGGCAGGCUUCUCAGAUCACAGCUUCCAGCCUCGUCCAGAAUUAUGGGAAGAGAAAAUUCACUGACAUGGAUCACUGAAAGCAUGAAGGACACAAAACCAACAUAAGGGACACUGCAAGAUUUAUAUUCUGUGUCACUGAAAAGAAAGACCAACUAACCUUGGAAAAGGGACACAUUUUCCUUCUCUUUGGGUAACUGAACUUCUGAGCAGCUCUAAUCUUCAGAUUAAGCCAAAGCACAUUGCAGAGGAAGAGGGAAGGUACAGUGACAACAGAUUGCAUUGCAGAAUUGUUUAACAGCACACACACACUUCUCCCAAUGAUUUAUGGUAAUUACUUUGGGCUGCAUGGCUCAGUGCAGGUGAGAGGCUCUUCUGAAAGAGGGUCGUUAAUAUUUGCUACUUUUUAUCAUGUAAAUAGAAUGUCAUUCUUUUACCACAUGCCCAGCUCCACCCUCCCCAUGCAUGUUUCAGUACAUUUAUGUGGCAGCUGCUGUUUCCAAUGUCAUGCUUUUCUUGGUCAUCCCAGUAACAUGAUGGAAAAAGUGGACCAUUGAACAAUUUUUUUUAUUUCUUGCUAGGCCUUGGUGCACUAAUGCACCUGAUUGCUGCUAGGAGUAAACCUCUACUGUUAGCUGAUGCUUUGUUUGUUUUAUUUGUGUAUGUUUGAACUUAAUCCUUGGUAAUGGUGCCCCAAUAGAGAACUUCCUUCUGUGGGUCCAGAAACCAGCUGAAGCAUCAUUACAAGCUUUAUGCACCCAGCCUCCAUCACCAACCCCCUGUGUACCUGAGAUAUCAGCUCAGGGUGAAGGUGAGAGCAGAGCACAUUCCUGUUGCCUGGAACUCUGCUGCCUGGUGGGUUUUGUGAUACAGAUACCUCUGUACUAGAAGCCAGGUUGACUUCCCCAGUUCAUCUCAACAGAGAGUAACAGCCUUCACACACUGCCAUUCUGAGCUAGACCAUGAACCAGAAACCUUGAACUGAAACUGUGGCUUAUCACCAACCUCUGAGCAAUCUGUUUCUCUAGAGAAGUUUUAUCCUGAUUGCUGAUUUGGGCUAAUGAGAAAACUAGAGCAAGCGAGUUUGGCUUCCUUCCUUCAAAUUCAUCUGUAAAAUCAUUCUUGUAAAUGUCAUUCUUUUCAAGGGGAGGGUAUGGAAUUGGAACUCCUUAAACAACAUAAUAGGUAUUGCACAGAGAUGUUGUAGAAUUUAGUAUUUCUCUCUUAAUUCUUUCUGAAUAAAUGGGAGACAGAAAACAGAAGAAUUCCCUUUGCAGAAAUCUACUGGUGUCAGAAGAGAUCUUGAUAGAGGAUGAACAUUUACUGUAUAGUUCCUAUUGAUGUCUGUGGGAGCUGGGGGUAUUUGUCAGACAUUUGGGAUCAGACUCAUUGGUGUGGGCAGCUUUUUCUGUCUCAUACUUGCCACUAAAUGUAGCUGUGCACAAGCCCUUAGCCAGCUCAUAGUGAGCAGAUGGCCAUUCUUUGGGCACCUGGAGUGAAAACUCUGCCUCUGGAGAUUGUCAAAAAGAAAAUAGCCUUGGAUGUUCACAUGUCAUGCAAAUUCCAUCAGCCUCUUAUAGGGACAGAGCCACUUCUGAGUCAUGUACUAGGUAGUAAACAGUGGAUUAUGAAGAGGCAUUCCAGUGAAUUAAUGCCGCUACAUGGAAUAACCAUACCUUAUGAAAAUGGCUGUGUUUUUAUGUAAAAUCUGUAUAAUCUGUCUUUCUGAAUAAAUAAUGUCUAUUUUAUUAUAGAAGGUCUCACAAAACACGCAUCUGUAGCUGCCCCACUAUAGAGAAACAGUCAUGGCUAAAAGGUUGCUGGCCACCCAGAAAUUAAUACAGGAUUAUUAUGAGGAUUAAUGAAGUAUCACAUAAAGAGCCCAUCUUGUUUUUUGCACAGCUCCCAAAUCUCUGAGUGUUACAUUUGUAGUUCUGUUUGCUUAGCAACACCUCCUGUCUGCCUUGUGUCACAACUAAGGGAAUCCUAGCAUUUCCAAUAAGUCACAUUAAAGACUUUGCAAGGUCUUGUAUGAGAUUUUGAUUUUUGUAAUAACAAGAUUUUACUGAAGUAGAACUGGAAAAAAUGUUCUGUUUAGAUUUAUGUGGUUUUGUAAUUUUAAGGAAGGCAGUUCUUGGUUUUGGAUGUAAACAUUCCUCUGCAGUAUGUGGAAGCCAACCACUGAAGUCUUUUGAUAAUACAUAUGAAUCAAAAAACAAGUGAUUGGCAAUGUAGCAUUUAUAUGAUACUUCAUUUCUUCACAGCACUUUCAAAAGUUUAACUAGUCAUCACAGUCUCCCUUUUCACAGAAGGGGAAACAGGCUGUGAUAUAAAUAACACAGCCAGAAUAGCAUAGCAGCAUUUUGGUAGAAGAAGGAUUUAGAUCUUUCUUGAUUCCUAUUCUUGUGUUGUACCCACUACAAAUGCUGGCUCUCAAAAAUGUGUCAUACCAACAAAAUUAGCUGUUGUUCAGCCUAAGUAACGUGAGCGAAAUAAACCACUGAAUAUAUAUAAAGAAACAUUAAUUUAGGCAUUAAAUCCUCAGUUUUUAGGCUAGGUAUGAAGUCAUUUUACAAACGAGACUAAUUACCUUGUCUGUGGGUGGGUGUGGCUAUAUUGGGCACAUUUUUUUUUCUGUUUUAAAAAAAAUGUUUUUCUCUCCCUUAGAGUUGUGUGCAAUAUCCAGCCAAAGAGCAGGGGAGAUGAUAGAACUGACUGCACAAAAUAUUAUCAAAUAUAUAGAAAGAAGACAACUAAUCUCUCUAAUCUCUUCCAGUAACAGUGAUCGUAGGUACCUGUGUACAGUAGCAGGCACAACAUUUUUAAAAAGUGUUAUUUUUAGUAGAAAAUGUCUCUUUUGAUAAUAUAAGUAUUUAUUAAUAAUCACAGAUAAAGGCUUUUUUUUUUUCAAGUUGAUAUUUAACUUGACAUUAGCAGACUUGAUAUUCUGUUGAUUUUUUUUUCCCCCCCCCCCAAUAGAAUGCCUUAUUCUAGCCAGAAAUGCUUCUUUUUUUGCCCAGUGCCAUUGAGAAUUUUUUUUAAAUACUUGAGCAAAGCUUUGUUACUUUUAUUGACACAAAUCAUGUUAUAUAAUAACACUGUAGUGGACUUAUGUUAGAGGAGCUUGGACUUGCAUACUUUUAAAACAGAAAUGAUGCAACAUCCAUCCAUGGUGUUUGAUGUGCAAAAGUUAAGGACAUAUACUUAAUGGUACAGCAGAAAGGAGGGUUAAACUAACUUCCUGGCAGUGAAUCCUUGUCAGAAUGAUUACUGAAAUAGAAAAAGAUUCCUCCCCAGCCUUCAUUUGAGAUCAUCUUCCCUUAAAAAUGUAUUUAUCAUUUCUUAAGUUCUUUUCAAAUCAAGAGAGGUAGCCACUGAGGCAUGAUGCCCUUAUUAAAUAUAAAUACCUUUCCAACCAACACACAAACACCCCAUCCACAUUUUUAAGCAUCUUUCUCAGCUUCUUUAUGUUCUAAACAAUGUCUCAGUUUGUCCUCUGGAUUUGUUUUAUUUUUGGUUGGCUGAGACAAGAUAUUGAUUGCCUCUGCCAGACUGGAACCAAUAGGUGUAAUCAUUCUGAUUUCUAUAUCAGAAAUCAAUAGCUAUAUUAGAGAUGCCAAAUGAGAUUAAGAAAUAGAACCCCAGGGAAAGUAAAACAAAAAAUGGUACUUUAUCUUCAACACAUUUUUAACAUGAGAGCUUGUUUUAUAUGAAGUCAUUGUAGAGUAGGAUUUUUAAAAGCACCAGCGAGUUUGGAAUGGAAAUUCCAUUGAUUCUGAUCUGCAAUUUUUCUGAUCAUUGUUUUUAGUGGCAACAUAUCAGAGAGCCAUUGUCAAAAUUCUGACUGAGCCAGCAGCCCCAAUAAAGAUCUGACCCAGUGCUGGCACAGUGGUAACCACUUUCAACAUACAAAGCUCGUUCUAUCUUGAAGCAGAUACUUAAGAGGAUAUACUGUCUGGUGGCACAGAGCUGGGUGCAAGGAGAUCUGGGUUCUAUUAUUAGCCUCACCAUACUCAUUGGGUGGCAUUGGACGAAUCAUGUACCUUUCUUUUGUGCCACAGUUUUCCUGUCUGUAAAAUGAAGAUGAUCCCAACCUGCUGGGAGAUUUAAUAUAUUUUCUUAAAGCUUUAAUACUUGAAUAAAAGAGUCUGGUACAAACUUA